AUGGUCUCACGCUCCUGGGCCGCCAGGGAGUUGGCCCCUUUGCUGUCUCCUGUUUCACUGGGACGCAGUCGCAGCGUCCCAGUGGCCGAAGGCAUGGCGCUUGCAAGCUCUGCGACGACUGCCUAUGACGAGCACAAAAGGAGGCGAUCCUCGAGGACGCCCCAGAGCGACCCUCUGAUCGCAUCCACGCCCAAAGGCGCCGAUGGUGAAGAGGGCGAUGUCGAGCUCUCAUUGAACAUGAGAAAGCAGUUUGCGCAACAACAUGACAAGAAAGGGGUCACCUACGAGGGCGGUUAUCGAGCUCGAAGUCGAAUUCUGGACGAUUCCUCAGAGGAUGAAGAGGACAGGACACCCAGGGCCUACGACCUGGCCCUCUACGACUCUGACUCGGGAUUGCAGCACACACCUCCAUCUGGAGCACUGCCUGCAUGA